AUGCUCGAUGGACUAGGGAGGACGACAACGGCAAUAGUGGUUUUCAAUACGAAAUUUUACUUCGAGUUCAAUUUUUCAGAAAGAAGAGGGAAUCGCAAGAUGUCCCGAAACAGCAGGGAGAGAGAAGGCAGCGCUUUACAGAGUCCGAUUGCCUGCGAGAGUUGUCGCCAGAGGAAACGACGGGUUAGUCCGACAAUUGUGAUAGAAAGUUCCACGAGCCCGGACGAUGUCAAUACCCAGAGCAAAGCAAAAGGUAUGCAGCCAUCUACAUACAGUCAGGGAAUUCCUAAUGGGUACCUCAACAAACUUGAAACACGACUGGCCGAGACUGAAGCUGCUCUCUUCCGCGUACUAUCGGGAGCCCUUGAUCAUACCCAAGGUUUCGACUCUGCCUCGUCACCGGCCCUCCUACCCCAAGCUGCAUGGACACCAAGACAGAACAAGGUCGACCGUGUCAAGGAAUGGGAUAGCCUCCCGUUGCAGACGCCUGAUGACAUCCAAGCCUGGUACCGAUCCAAGGCUACAGAGCACAAUGAUCCUGCCGUCGACCCUCCUGCCGCGAGUCCGCAGUCGCUCAUAUCGACGGUAUCUGAUCCUAUGUUUGCGCCCCCCCCUCCGCCGAGAGACCCUAGCUCAGUACCUGGAUCAGUGUCAGACCACCAGGGAAUUUCUGAUGCGGUCAUUGAGCCUCAGCUCCGAGCCAUGACGCCAAUGGUCUCUACUCCCGUUAAUAGGGCAUCGUCUGAUAGCCUCAGCAAGGCCAAGGAGUUGUCCAAACAAUACCGUGGCAAGGCCAUUAACUCAACCCAACUCAACUUGGGUAGCAUCCAACGUUCGGGAUGCGGCGAGAGAUAA